AUGAAUUGGUCAAUUGAGAACGUAACAAGAGGUGCACAACUAGCAUGGCAAGGCUCCAUGCUCGCCUUUGAAAACCGUCAUUUAUAUAAACACAGCUAUGUAAAAGUAUUUCUAUGGUUAUGCUCAUUCUCAUUAAUACUCUACAUUCUCAGCGUAACAGUUCUCGCAAUUCCUUUUCAAAUACUUCGCCUAAUAAUAUAUCUGCUAUCAUUAAUAUUUCGAUAUGAUCCGCACAAAGUCACGAUUGACUAUAAUCAUUUUUUAACAAAUUGGGUCUUCAAUUUACCAUUUCUUGGGCUUCUAUUCAUGCGAUACAUCUAUCCACAACCGCUAGACUCGUUAUUUCUCGAGUCACUACGGCAAAUAGACAUUGUAUACUUGAGAAAACAUCAAGGUGAACAGGAAUUACGUCCGCCAUACGCAUCAGCAUUAGAGCGGUACGACUUGGAUAUAAAUUACUGGGCUGAAAUGCGGGCAUACAUGAUGCGUACAUUUCGUGAUUUGCGUUGGACUGCGUUAUUAUAUUUGGCAUCGUUGAUACCGUUGGUUGGGAGGCUUAUAUACCCGGCAGCUAGUGCGUACGCACUCGUGAAUUCCUUGGGACUUUAUCCAGCUACGACUGUUGGCGUGUUGAUGUAUAUUACACCAGGAACAAAAAAAUUUGCCAUCCUGUUUCUCGAGACGUUGUUUUCGUCGCGUACCUUGAUGCGUGAAUUGUUGGAGCCGUAUUUCGCGAGAAUUCCGUUUAGUAGAGAGAAACGAAAGAAAUGGUUUAGAGAACGUGAAACUAUUCUGUUUGGAUUCUCGAUCGCGUUCUACCCUUUUAUUAGAUUGCCAUUAGUUGGUAUGCUGUUUUUUGGAGUGGCGCAGGCUGCUGCUGCUUUAUUGCUAGUAAAGACUACUGAGCCACCUCCACCCCCUGGCUUAGAAAUGGAAUAUGUAGAUGAUAUUAAAUAUAAAGAUAACAGAUUGCAAAAAAGACAACAUAAACAAGAAUAA